CACCCUUCUCACGUCCAAAUUCCAUUCGAGUAGGAGAACGACGAUUCUGUGCAGGAGGAGAGGAGUUGAAGAUGCUUAGAACGGCCGGAAAACGUCUCCCUCCUUUGCCGUGGAGGCCGAUCUCUGCCGGAGUCUCCCUCUUCUCUAGGGAUCCGAUCUUCGGCGCUUCUUCUAUGUCGGUCAGUUCUUCCCUGACAACCCGACUCGCCCUCGAAUCGUGUAUUAUAGGACGGAUUAGAGCUUUUUCUGCUGAAUCUCUCGUCCCAAAACACCAUGAUUCGGUUUUAAUCGACCUUCCAGCCACAGUGGCCGCACUAAAGAACCCAUCCUCCAACAUCAUCUAUGACGAAUACAAUCACGAACGUUACCCUCCCGGCGAUCCCUCCAAACGAGCCUUCGCCUAUUUCGUGCUGACCGGUGGAAGGUUCGUUUACGCCUCCUUGCUCCGACUUUUCAUUCUCAAGUUCGUUCUGAGCAUGUCUGCAAGCAAGGAUGUGCUCGCCCUCGCCUCCCUCGAAGUUGAUCUCUCGAGCAUUGAACCCGGCGCAACCGUGACGGUUAAGUGGAGGGGUAAGCCCGUGUUUAUAAGGCGUCGGACGGAAGCAGACAUCAAGCUGGCAAAUGCGGUGGAUGUGACGUCGCUUCGAGAUCCCGAGGAGGAUUCUGUGAGGGUUAAGAAUCCGGAGUGGCUUAUCGUCGUCGGGGUUUGUACUCAUCUGGGCUGCAUUCCUCUGCCGAAUGCUGGUGAUUUUGGGGGUUGGUUCUGCCCAUGUCAUGGAUCUCAUUAUGAUGUUUCUGGGAGGAUUCGGAAGGGUCCUGCUCCUUUCAACUUGGAGGUGCCACAAUACGCCUUCCUGGAAGAUAAUAAGCUUCUGAUUGGUUGAGGUUUGAUUUACUCUCUCAAUCUGCAAUUUUUUUUUUUCUUUUGUUUCCAUCAAUUUUGUUGUUUAUUUAAACUGUGUAUGGAUUUUGAUGUUUUAUGGGAUGGAAUUGCACUGCUUUUAUCAUAAUUGGCUCCCCGUUAAUGGAGGUUUGUUUUUCAUUGUAAUAAUAUUGUGAGCCACAAAUGUGGGAUUCUAUUUACAAGGAAAAAG